GGGCGGCGGCUCGGCCCGGCCCGGCCCCGCGGGGCGGCGGCGGCGGCGGCGGGCGCCAUGGCGGGGCGGGCGGCGCCAUGGCGGGGGCAGCCGUGAGGGAGCGGGGGCGGCGCGGGGGGGGCGGCGGCGGGGCCCCGCUGAGCGGCGCGGCUGCGUCCGCGGCGGCCGCGUCCGGGCGGGUCGGCGCCGCCAUGGGCCGGCCGCGGCCGCGGUGAGGCGGCGGCGGCGGAGGAUGAACGUGUCUGGGCGGCUGGCGGCGGCGGCGGGCGCGGAGAAGCCGCCCCCCGGCUCGCUGGCGCCGCUGCUGCCGCUGGGCGGGAACGGCUCGGCCGCGGCCGGGCCCGGGGAGCCGCGGGAGGCGGUGCACGCGGCCACGCUGGCGGCCUGCGCCGCCCUGCUCGCCCUCGUCUUCUGCCUGGGCUCCUACGGGAACCUCAUCGUCUUCUUGUCCUUCUUCGACCCGGCGCUCAGGAAGUUCCGGACCAACUUCGACUUCAUGAUCCUCAACCUGUCCUUCUGCGACCUGUGCCUCUGCGGCGUGGCCGCCCCCAUGUUCGCCUUCGUGCUCUUCUUCGGCUCGGCCAGGGGCGUCCCCAGCGCCUUCUGCUUCACCUUCCACCUCGCCGGCUCUGGCUUCAUCAUCAUGUCGCUCAAGACAGUGGCCGUGAUCGCCCUUCACCGGCUGCGCAUGGUGCUGGGGAAGCAGCCCCACUGCACCACCUCCUUCCCCUGCACCCUGCUCCUCACCCUGCUCUUGUGGGCCACCAGCUUCACCCUGGCCACCCUGGCCACCCUCAAAACCCGCAGGUCCCGCCUCUGCCUCCCCAUGUCCAGCUUCGCCAGCGGUGAGGGAAGGGUCAUCCUCUACUUCUACGUGACCGACUUCAUCUGCUGCGUGGUUGUGGUGUCCAUCUCCUACGUCAUGAUAGCUCAGGCCUUGCGAAGGAACGCCCAGGUGAGGAAGUGCCCGCCCGUCGUCGCGGUGGACGCCUCCCGUCUGCAGCCCUUUGCUGGGCCGCCUGCAGCCGGGGCUGCCAACGGCCUGCAGUGCACUGUGCCCGCCCUGUACAGGAACCAGAGCUACAGCAAACCGCAGCACGUGCAGACUCACGGCUACGGGAAGCCCCUCAGCCAGCUGCCGGCCCCUGCCGCCAGCAGGCUCCAGCUCGUGUCGGCGGUGAAUCUGUCCGCAGCCAAAGACUCCAGGGCAGUGGUGACGUGCGUCGUCAUUGUGCUUUCUGUCUUAGUUUGCUGUCUCCCCCUGGGGAUCUCUUUGGUGCAGGACAUACUGUCCAGCAGUGGUGGCUUUGUUCUCUACCAGUUUGAGCUGUGUGGAUUUACCCUCAUAUUUUUCAAAUCUGGAUUAAAUCCUUUCAUAUAUUCCCGCAACAGUGCUGGACUUAGGAGGCGGGUCCUCUGGUGCCUGCAGUAUGUAGCCCUUGUCUUUUUCUGCUGCAAGCAGAAGACAAGGCUUCGAGCCAUGGGCAAAGGGAGUCUGGAAGUCAACAGGAAUAAGUCAUCCCACCACGAAACCAAUUCAGCUUACAUGUUGUCUCCAAAACCUCAGAAAAAGUUUGUGGACCAAGCCUGCGGUCCUAGUCACUCCAAGGAAAGCGUGCUGAGUCCCAAGGCUUCUGUCGGGCAUCAGCACUACGCACAGAGCAGCUCAACGCCCAUGAACACCCGAAUCGAACCGUAUUAUAGUAUCUAUAACAGCAGCCCUUCCCAGGAAGUGAGCACCCCAAAUAGCUUACAGCCAGUGAACUCGACUUUCGGAUUUGCCAAAUCCUAUAUUGCCAUGCAUUAUCAUACCACCAAUGACCUGGUACGAGAUUAUGAUAGUGCUUCAACUAAGCAGAUACCAGUACCGUCGGUGUAACCUUAAGUGUGCCACAGAUAACUGUUCUGAUUCAGUGGAUCCCCUUCUUUGCUUUUAUUAACAAUUAUUCUAAACUCAAAGAUACAGUAUUGCUGUACAGGUGCCAAUGGAAAAAUACCAUUAUUGUUAAUAUCCAGCUAUUUGCAUUUGAAGUAAAUACUAGGAUAUUACUUCCAUGAUACUUUCUUGAAAUUGUGUGGCAAGUCAAAAAGCGCAUAUUUUAGAUUUGUAUUCGGAAUCGUUACAUAAGAGUGUUUUUGUUACUGAUUUUUACUGCUGAAAGAGUAAAAAAAAAUAAACACUAGAAAUAUGUCAUUCAUUUUGUCACGAGGCAAACUAUCUCAGAGACUAUCUGAGACUGCGCCAAAAGUAUUAUCCAUUAAAUUGCACGCUUGCUGCAUUUUCAAGAAGGAAGAAUUUGGAGGAUGCUUGGUACUGUGAUACUUAGGUUUAAACCCAUUUUCGUUGCAGAAGUUGAAAGACUUGGUGAAAAUGAUUUUGUUGUAGCAAGUGUCAGUAAUAACAAAAGUUUUCUCUAUCCCAGGAUAAAAUUCUGAUUCCAUUGAGGUAAACGGCAAAAUUUCUAUAAACUUCAACUUUAGGUUAGCGUUUCAAACUCUGCUUUCUAAAGCAGGGCUAGGCUAUUUACAAAUAGCAAUAUAUUGCUACUAGGGAAGGACUUUUGAGAGGUAUUGUGGCACUGUAAUAAACCUUUGAAAUAUCUCUAUUAAUUUCUGCUGUACAUUUAUUUUAAGGAUUGGUGCCAUUAUAUACCCCUGAAUAAUGUUUUGAGAAAUAUUUUUUCAGCUGAUGCAAAUAACCGUGCAAUACCUAAUUAUAGGUUUUAUUUGAGAACAUAAACGAUUACUGCAAUAUUGUAAUACUGACAUCCGUUAGUAAUGCAGUCACCUCUGGAGCUUUCUAACUCAUAAACAUAAAACACAAAGAGUCAUAUUGCUGGUUGUUUUUUGUCUAUGACUUUAUAGUGGAUAUAUAAGUGGAUUUGGGGGGGAUUCAGUGGUGAUAUUCCCAACAGGCAGAGCUGACAGCUAUUAACAUAUUUAAAAACAGAAUGACCAAGUAACAAGAUGACUACACUUUUUUGAGAUUUUCUUAUGUAGUAAAAUUUUAAAAAAUCUAAUGUCAAUUUGAUUUAAAGAUUAAUGUCUACUUAUAUACUCUAUCUGUUGAUCAACACAGUGAUCAAAUAAUAUAAGUUAAAUAGUUUUUUUAUAAAUGUGACAGCUUGUGUUAUUGUGUCGUGUUGUUGAAAUUGCUAAUGAAACAAUGAUUUGGAAGCAAAUUUUUUAUUUUAAAUUCCUAACAAUCUUCACUUUAAGUGGUCAGAUUUCAAAGCACAUAAUCACCUUCUGUGGACUUCAUCAGAGCCUUAGUAUCUCUGCAAUAAUUGUGCUGCUGACUUUGGUGCCUGAAUAUGGACUUAGGUGCCUCAUUUUAGGAAGAUGUCAGAUCUUUAGCAGAGUUACAGUGAUGUAUUCCAAAAAGAUGAUUUGUUAUUUUAGAAACAGAAACCAUUCACGUCAUUGCAGCAUGUGAGUUGUUGGUUUAGGUUGUUUGUUAACUAUUUUCAAGCUUUUCCUGGAAGAGUAUUACACUUGUGACGAGUGUUGUUUAAUACACUGAAUUUUAAUUAAUUUUGAAUAAUUCAAGACAGCUUUCUUGCAAUAAAAUGGAUGUGAACAACUUUCUGAUACAAAUGUAAAAUUGAAAUCAUUUCGAUAGGUCUUUUCUCUCUGCCCAGAUAUUUUUCUCUAUGAAUAUCAUGGCUCUUUCUAAAGUAAUUAUAAAAGAUAACUAAAAGAUCUCUGUCUUGUUUGUUUUUUCUGUCUUUGCAUUUCUCUUUAGUACCAAAUCUCCUAAUUUGGAGGAAAAGAUAUGUGGGAUCCUGUGUUUUUGUCUCAAACGACAAAUUAUUAGCAGAAAAUUACAGUUUCAGUUUGGGAAGAGUGUAGGGCAGGACCCUGACAAAUGAUUGCAAGAUGGGAUCCUUCAUGUACUUUGAGAGAGCUUAAGGUGUCCGUUAGACUGGAUCUGGCAUUAAGCAGUUCUUGGUUUUGCUGUGUGUGUACAUGACUCCAUACUGUGCAUUUGCUUUGAAUCACGUGAACUUCAUCUUAUGACAGAAGAUUUUACCUUUCUCACCUUAGUCACAAAAGUAAUUUGCAUUGAAUAUUAAUGUGGGAGUAAAGUGAGAAGGGUAUGGCUUUAGAAUAGAAGGGGGUUUUAUUGCCCUUGUGUGAUAUUUUAUAAAGACAAAGGAAGUGAAGUCCCUUUAAAGCACAUUGUAAUGUUUUUCUGCUCUUAACUGUUGGUGCAGAUUGCAUUCCUAUACCUCUAAAGUGUUGAUAUGUUUGUAGUGUCAGAUGAGAGAACAGUAUCUGAAUUAAGUUGUCAAUUGUAUUAAAUAACUGCGUUUCUGAGGAGGUUUAUGAAUGUAGCGAAUAGAAUAGGGGUUGGCUUUUACAAAUAUGUAGCCACAAUUUCAUGGAAGUGAAUCAUAAACUGAAGUAUCAGUUAUCAUAAGAUAAAAAUUACUUGCUUUGUAAUCUUCUGUAGUAUCUUUUCUUUUUUCCUUUAGCCCCCUUGUCAGAGCAGAACUCUCUUCUGCUGAAUACAGAACCAAUAUAACAUAAAACAUGAUUGCUAGGUUAAAAAAAUUAGCAAUCCAGUUAAGACAAGGAGCAACAGAAUGAUUGAAGAAGGAGUUGGAUAAUUUUUAUGAAAAGAGUCUGAGAAGAGAGGAGAUGAGUAAGAGAGUAAGUGAUAAAAGUAUGUGAAUAAUGAAUGGUUUAGAAGUAGGCUUGAAGUUAAUGGAGUCCAAUCCAUAACACAAGAACAAGAAAGCAUUUUAUGAAUAUGUAAGGUGGCAAACUCAAGACUGAUAAAAUGUACUUUUCUUAUACCCCAUACUUACAGUGUGGAACUCAUUGCUGCAGAACUGUUGAGAAAAGACUAGUAAGGUUUAACAGGUACUUUAACAUUUAUGUGGGUAGUAGGAAUAUCAGGAGUCUGAUAGCUAAUGCCAACACGUUUUGGAAUGGAUAUGAAAUUUUAAAUUAAAAUUAAUUUGGAAUUAAAGCAAUCUUUGCUUUCUGUGAUUAAGAUGAACCCAUCAUCGUGGAACAGAUUAUCCAGCAUAUGUUUACUGUUAACUUCUUUUGAAGUUUCUGGCAUUGGUUGCUGUCACAGAUGCAAUACUGUCCUAGAUAAAGUGAUGACUGCUUUUUACCUCUCUUCUUUGUGGGAGUUAAUAGAAGUGAGGUUGAGGAAAACAUUACUGAGAUUAUAUACACCAGAUGUGUGGGCAGCUAGAGGUGAAUUUGUUUUGGGGGAGGAGUUGGAAUUUGUUUUAAAAUGUUUUUACUUUUGAAAUCCUUUUGAUCAUCCAUUUUGUGUUUUUGAUUUGGCAGUGUGUCAUAAUGAUGCUGGUAAAUGCAGGCAAGAUUUUAAGAAAAUUGUCCCCUAAAUAAUCUUCAGUAGUCCUCCAUCUGAAGCACUGGGAAUAAAAAGCAAAGAGAGCUUCUGAGCUGCAAGGGUUGUGCUUGUUUGCACCAUUGUCUUUUCACCUACUUCCAUUGGAUGGUGAGGCAGGACUAUAGAGAGCAACAAGAGGUGUUCACGACGGAAACUGAGAGAGAAGGAUGGCUGCUAGGACCGUGCAAAUCAAGAUGAUGCUAACUCAGCAAUUUAUCUGUAGUAUCUUUUUGCUCCAGAAAGAGUGCAUGGCAGACUCAGGUGGAUGUUGGACUUUUCUGUUCAUGGAAAUGUGUCCCAAAGAAUAUUUUACACUCCAUAACUACCAUAUGAAGAAUACACCAUGUCUUUUGUGAGAAAGUGCAGCUAAGCUGCCUGUGUAAGAUGCGCCCAUGGUUAAUGGGAUACCAGUGUUUUUUUUUUUUUAAUCUAAUUAGGACUCUGAAUCAAAGUUCUAGGCAUAAAUGUUAAAGAAUACUGAUUGUAGAAGCCUUCAUGUUGGCUUACGGAUAUAUUGUACUGUAUGGCUUUCAAAAAGAGGGUGCACGGGGAGUUUCACCCUGGGCACACAAAACUAUGGGCAUUUAAAUACACCAAGAUUUUUGUGAAAAUGUAUGCUCUGCUUUGUGGGCAAUGCUUACUGAUAGAAAAAAAGUAUAGAUUAGCAGGAUUUCUGUAACAAUAUUUCUGUGGCUGUAAGGACAAUUAGUACAGUUGCAUGGAAAAUUCAGGCUUGAAUAUAAGGAAUUCAUCAAACGUUAAGAAUGUGUUGAUCAUAAUUGCAUUUGGUGUUGGAUUUUUAAGAGAAAAACUGCAAAACUUGAUGCUUAAGUUGUAUUUGAAAUAUAUCAAACAGAACAAACACUACUGUGUAGGAUUUUAAUCAGUAGCAGAAAAUUGUAUUCUUUUUCUCAUCUUGUUGCAAUUGUCCAUAAUAAUUCCUGUUUUACGUAAACAAACAGUUGGUUUAAUACCUUAAAAUAAUAGCAUAGGUUUGCAGAGAUUAAGGUGGUGUCUUAAUGGACAUUCCCUAGGUAUGCCUUUUGUCUCUUUUGAAUGCUUUUUUUUCUUUUUUACUAUUUAAGAGGAGUCAAUUUGGAUUAAUUACUAAGACAUUAACAGUCUGCAACUUACUCCACAGAAACAGCAGUUACAUUCUGAACAGUUUAGUUUCAGAUUACAGUCUUCUGAGUUGAACACAAUUUUUAUUAAACCAAUCACAAGUUAAUGCUGUGUUCAUCCAUGUGCUUCUAUAGCUGAUCAAGGAUUGUAUUUCAGACCUGUAAUGUUAAUAAAAUGAAUUCUUUUUCUACA